AGUAGUAGUGUGGCUAUGCAUACAAGCAGAAUUUAGAAAAGCAGCAGCAGUGUUCAAGUGAGGGGAAAAAAUAAUUAAGGAUGAUGAUGGAAAUAGAGGAAGUAAGCAGCUAUGAAGCACUGCCCCUUCUCUCACUGAACCAUGUGUCUCUCUUGUGCAGAUCAGUGUGGGAUUCUGUGCGGUUCUAUGAAGAUGUCUUGGGCUUUGUUCUCAUCAAACGCCCCUCUUCUUUCAAAUUCAAUGGAGCUUGGCUGUACAAUUAUGGUAUUGGCAUACACUUGAUCGAGAACCCAUCAAUUGAGGACUUCGACGCCAUUAAUGAACCAAGACCAAUUAAUCCCAAGGAUAACCACAUGUCCUUCCAAUGCACGGAUGUUGGGCUGGUUAAGAGGAGACUGGAAGAAAUGGGAAUGAGAUAUGUGACAGCGGUGGUUGAAGAUGAUGGAGUGAAGGUUGAUCAAGUGUUUUUCCAUGACCCAGAUGGGUACAUGGUGGAGUUAUGCAACUGUGAGAACAUUCCAAUUCUGCCGUUGUCUUCCUGCUCAUUCAAGCCCAGAAUGGGAAGUUUCAAGGGGGAAGCACCAAGCAAGUGUGGAUUUAUGGAGAAUGUGAUGAUGGAGAGCCUUAGCAUGGACAUGAUGAACUUCUCGUUUUGAGCCUUGCAAUAUAUGUGAAUUUGGACAUACCAAACUAUGUUAUGUUGAAAAUGCAAUUGUACUAAUUAAUGAUCUUGUAAGGUCUUGUAUCUUGGUUUGAUAAAUGCAGAGUCUGUCUAUGGUUCUUUGUAGUAAAUUGUGAAAAUGAGUGAGUUGUAUGGGGUUAUCCCAUGUUCGUUUGGCUGUAUGUGCCUUUCAAUCAACAAAAAAUAAAUACUGUAUGCAAAUAA